AAUCAGUCCGUUCACUUUCACUCCGUUCCGUAUUGUCGUAUAGAACAACUUGUUAACGCGGAAUCGUGAAAAUAAUGUUAUUGUUUUUACUUGCGCAAAUCGCCGUCUUUUCAUCGUAACAUUAAUAUUGCUCUUGCCAGCGCGAAUCGCCGUCAUAAUAUAAAUGUAUUGUAUUGUGGGUGAGAAUCGUCACUAAAAUUAUUAUUAUUAUUGUGGACGCGAAUCGCCACUCUCUUUAUAUUUAUUCGUGAAUAUCUUAUUCUAAUAGUCGCGAUUCGCCAGUGUUUUAUAUCAUUGUGUUAUAAUUAUUGUCGUGGGCGCGAAUCGCCACUGUGUUGAGCAUAGCUACAGGACCAGCUAGCCAGUCUGCGCUCCAUAAUCGGAAUGUCUGGAAGAGGUUUUUUAAAGAGCCGUUUGGCUCAGAUCGCUAUCGAGGAACCCCAUGAAAAUCCUAAACCUGAGGAGCCUUCAAAACUAUCAGCACUACCUAUACCAUAUUUUACUGAUAUACCAAAAGUCCCUGUGGGUACUAUAAGUUCUCAAACCCUAGUUAAUGGGCAUCAACAAGUUGCUCGCGGAAGAAGGGCUAUGUUAGCUAAUAUUGCUCAAAGAACUGUUUCUCAAAAGUUGUCUGACACCAUACAAACAACAUUCUCAAACAUCGAUCUAGGGGAUUUAAAAAAUAACGCGCGUCCAAACAUUAGUCCCGAUCAUAAAAAAGCAGAGGUAUCUAAAUUACUUACACCCCUAAAGCAGCCACAAACACAAAUUGUUGAUAUUCCAGGAGAAAAGGAAGAAAAGUCUCCAGUUAUAUGUAGAGUGUUAAAAAAGUCUGAAAAAGAUAAUUACCACAUGGCUCAGUUAUCAUCAAAUUAUAUAAGAAUUAAAUUGGAAGAAGAUAAAGGAAUAUAUGAAUAUAGAGUUGAUUUCAAUCCUCCGAUUGAUGCCAAAUCUGAUAGGUAUUUUUUGGUGAAUCAACACAGAAAUUUAUUCCCAGUAAAAACUUUUGAUGGAACAUUACUUUAUAUACCAAAAAUGCUACCACAAAAUGUAACCAAAUUAGUGGGGAAAUUAAGAGAUGAAUCUGAAGUAAAAUUAACAAUAACAUUUAAGGGUAAAAAUUCUCUGCGUGAAUGUUUAAAUUUUUAUAACGUUUUUCUACACUCAAUAAUGAAGAAUCUUGGUCUAGUACAAUUUGGAAGAAGUUGUUAUGAUCCAAAUAAAAAGAUACUCAUUCCUGAAUUUAAACUCGAAGUUUGGCCAGGUUUCAUGACUGCGAUUGACGAGUUUGAAAAUGGUCUUUAUAUGUGUGCUGAAGUAUCACACAGGGUUUUACGUGUACAAACGGUUUAUCAAAUAAUGACAGAUAUCAUGAUGAAUGUGAAAAACAAAAAUAUAGAUAUUAAGCAAGAAAUAAUGGCUGCAUUAUGUGGUUCUACUGUAAUUACAAAUUAUAACCGUAAAACAUACAGAGUUGAUGAUGUAGACUUUACAAUGAAUCCUUUAUCAACUUUUAAAAAAGAUGGUGUUGAAGUAACAUACAAAGAUUAUUAUAAAAAGACGUAUGAAGUUGAAAUCAAAGAUCUUCAACAGCCCAUGAUUAUUACAAAAGCAAAAAAAAAAAAUAUGCUCAUAAACAAUGCAAACGAUUUAGAUAUUUGUUGCUUAGUUCCUGAGCUUUGCAAUUUAACAGGACUGACUGAUGCAAUGAAAGAAGACUUUAAAUUGAUGAAGGCUCUUCACAUCCAUACUUUGGUUACACCAGAAGUGCGACAAAAUGCUAUAAUUGAAUUUGUGAAUCGUAUAAAUGCUCAUGAAGAAGCUAGCAAAAAAUUAAAAGAUUGGGGGCUAAUGAUGCGUCCAAUCCCAGUGAAAAUGGAAGGUCCAGUUUAUAAAAGAGAAACAAUAUUACUGGGAAGUAAUAUUAGAAAACAAGUUGGAAUAAAUAUGGAGUGGGGAAUGGAUGUAGCAAAAAAUGCAAUGUUUGUUGCUGCGAACAUGUUAAAUUGGGUAAUUAUGUAUAAUCCAAGAGAGGAAACAACAGCUAAAUCAUUUUGCAAACAAUUGGCUGUAUGCUGCCGUCCUCUUGGUAUGGAAAUUAAUCCUCCAAAACCAAUUCAAGUUCAGGGGACAAAUCCAGAGGUUUUUGUUAGUGUUAUAAAUAAUACAUUAAAGAAUAAUUCAGAAAUACAAUUGGUUGUUAUAAUAUUACCAAAUCAAAGAGAAGACCGUUAUAAUGCUGUGAAACGGAUUUGUUGUUCAGAAAUUGGAAUUCCAUCUCAAGUAAUUGUCUCAAGGACAUUAUCCAAGCCAGAUCGAUUACAAUCAAUUACUCAGAAGAUUGCUUUACAAAUUAAUUGUAAAUUAGGUGGUGCUUGUUGGGCCAUCGACAUUCCAUUGAAAAAUACUAUGAUAGUAGGAAUUGAUGUAUACCAUGAGAAAGGUAAACAACUGAGUAGUGUUGUUGGUUUUGUAGCUUCAAUGGACAAGACAUUUACUGAAUGGUAUUCAGUCGCUGCAAUGCAAAGGAGUACCCAUCAAGAACUUAUGAAGUCUGUGCAAGACGCGUUCCAUAAAGUGGUGUCUCAAUUUAAAGCAAAAAAUGGAUUGUUGCCUGAAAAAAUAAUUAUAUAUAGAGAUGGAGUAUCUGAUGGAGAUUUAAAACAGGUAGAAGAAAUUGAACUUCAAGAUUUAAUAGAAUCUUUCAAAUGUUACCCAGGAAAUUAUAAUCCUAUGGUUACUUUAAUAAUUGUUCAGAAACGCAUUAACACACGUGUUUUCCAGUAUGUAGAUGAAAUAUAUUCAAAUCCAAGUCCUGGAACUGUUAUUGAUAAUACUGUAACCAGAAAAAAUUAUUUCGAUUUUUUCUUGGUCUCUCAACAUGUUCGUCAGGGUACUGUUAAUCCAACUCAUUACAUUGUACUGAAAAAUGGAUGUAAUUUAAGUGUUGAAAAUGUCCAAAGAUUAUCCUACAAGUUGUGUCACUUGUAUUAUAAUUGGUGUGGUACAGUAAAAGUUCCUGCUCCUGUUCAAUAUGCACAUAAACUUGCAUACCUUAUAGGGCAAAAUGUUAGACGAAUGCCAAGUGAUAAAUUAUGCAACUCUCUAUUUUUCCUGUAACGAACAUAUACAACUUGUAUUCUUAUGAAAGAACUGAAGUUAUAUCCAAUAUAUUUUAUUUAACUUAAAUAAAUUUAUGUGGCUACUUCAUAUUUUAUAUUUUGUUUAUUUUCUGAAUUGCACUUAAAAAGCUUGACUGUUAGUAAUAAGUGAUACAUGAAUUAAGUUUAUUAUAAUAACAUAUUUAUAUUUUUGACAAUUGUAACAUAUUAUUGUUUUUUGUAUUUUUUUUUUAUUAUUUAAUUAAGCUUUUUAUUUAACUAGGAUUUUGUUUAUUCUGGUUAGAUUUUUUGAAAAAUAUAGAUUUUUUAAUAUACUUGGCUUUUUUUUAAUCUACUACUUUUUACUUUGCUAUGUUUUUAGAUUCUGAGUGGAACGAUAAAUGUAUUGAUUUUACAAUGA